CGUUCUGCCACGUUCUGCUCGUUCAUUUUUGAUUUUGAGACUUCGCCGCGCUCUGCUUGCUCCACUGUCUCAAGAUACUAGUAUCUCCGUGAAAUGGCACCCACGGUGCCCUCACAGCCGACGGCGAAGGCCGGGCCGACGACGUCGAAGCGCGGCAAGUACACGACGCUAACAAUGGCGAAGAAGGCAGCCAUCAUUCAACAAGUGCAAAGUGGUCGCCCGCAAGUCGAAGUCGCCCGAGAAUUCAACGUCUCGAAGCAAACCGUGUCAGAUUACAUGAAAAAUAAGGACAAAAUUUUGGGCGCAUCGGAGAAAUCACGCGGAAAUGAACAGAAGAGGGUGCGCGAAGGUUGUCAUCCGCAGUUGGAAGAAGCGUUGAGCAUCUGGCUUAACGCUACCGUCGCUCAACGUGUUCCCGUUUCCGGCCACCUAUUAAAGCAAAAGGCUGAAACCUUGGCUCUUCGACUUGGCAUCGAUGGAUUCAAGUUCAGCGAUGGCUGGCUUCGAAACUUUAAGAAGCGGUACGAUCUCGCUUUCAAAAAAAUGUGCGGUGAAAGUGGUGCCGUGGAUAACACACUGGUAACGAACUACCGUGGUGAGAAGUUGGUGGAGCUGCUUCGGCGCUAUUCAGCGGACGAUACCUUCAACCUAGACGAAACCGGGCUUUUUUAUAAGCUACUGCCGGAGAAGACGCUUGCCCGUUCUGGAGAACCAUGCCACGGAGGGAAACUGAGCAAGGAGCGGAUCACUGUUGUUGUCGGCAGCAACGCUUCCGGCUCGGAAAAGCUCCCGCUUUUGGUCAUAGGGAAAUCUAAAAACCCUCGAUGUUUCAAGGGGAAAAAAAAUUUGCCUGUAUGGUACGAAGCAAACACCAAGGCGUGGGUCACGCAAAAGCUGUUUGAAGAGUACGUCCGCAAAUUAGACCGAAAGUUAGAGCUGCAGAAGCGCAAGGUCCUCUUGUUUGUCGACAACUGCACUGCCCAUGCGCCGAUCAGCUCUUUGAAAGCAAUCGAACUCGAGUACCUGCCGCCGAAUACGACCAGCGUUCUGCAGCCUAUGGAUCAAGGGAUUAUCAAGAAUUUGAAAGUGCACUAUCGUUCCCGUCUGCUGCAGCGCGUGUUGCUGUGCUUAGAAAGUCAGAUGAAAUACAAAGUGGACUUGAUGUCCGCCGUGAGCAUGAUUGCUGACGCCUGGAAGGCCGUGUCGGCAGACACGAUCAGCAACAGCUUCCGGCAUGCUGGAUUCACGUUCCGUGAUGAAUCCGGCACUGCAAUUGAAGAGCCGGACCUGCUGCCCAGCGCAACGAGCUUCGAUGCGGACAUUAUUGACGACUUGCGAAGCUGUGGUAUGCCGAUUCCUGACACUGUCAACUUUGAAGACUUCGCAAACGUCGACAGUGCGGUGUCGUCGUGUGCCGAACUAAACGACGACGAAAUAAUUGACCAGGUUGUGCAGUCGUCUAACAGCGACUCUGACACCGAUGACGAUGACGCGCCGCCGCGUGCUCCGGAGCCGUCGCAUGCGGAGCUAUCUCGAGCCUUCGCUGUUCUUUCGUCCUCGUACAGCGAUCACGCCACACUGGCGGAGAUAGGGGCGGACUUGGUUGUGCGAAAGCGCAAGUGCGUGCAGCAACGCAUUGACAACUUUUUUCACCCCCAGGGACACUGAAGUGUGAAUAAAAUGAUUUUUUUUCUGACGCGUUCGCUAUUUCGGACAUUCGGUAAUUCGGACUUAUUUACUUUCCCCGUGGAGUCCGAAUUAUCGGUCGUCGACU